AUGAUCUCGAGAAAGAAAUAUCGACCAGAGAACCGAGUCAUGAGACAGGCGUUGCCUUUUGCGGCUGCAAAAAUGGUGAGAAGAAAAUGAAACGAAAAAAAAUAGAACCUUUUACAGCUCCUACUCGUUCUGGUCCUGCCUUUCUGGCUUCUGAACGCGAGUUUCCGACGAAUCCCCAUCGUCUACACUUUCUACAUCUUGGACUACUUCCUGAUCCCUACAGUUAUCCCUUUUUCUUCCCUUUCUUCCCUUCAUCAACAGUACAAGAGCCAAACGUCCACUCCCCAUAGAAACCUAGCUACACGGCCUCAUGCUCUGCAUUAA